CAAAUAUGCAUACAGCACCACAGCCCUGCCCCCCCCUUGGCAGGUCGGACCACAUCUUGGUAAGGAUGACUCCCAAGUAUGUUCCUGUAGUGAGUAGGCAGCCUGUUCGCAUCAGGAUGGUGAGGAGGUGGACACAGGAGGCAGCUGAGGCACUGCAGGACUGCUUUGGGUCGACAGACUGGGAUGUGCUCUGUGUGCCUCAUGGGGAGGACAUCGACAACAUGUCUGACUGCAUCACGGACUACAUCAGAUUCUGUGAGGACACUGUCAUGCCAGCCCGGACCGUGCGCUGCUUCUCCAACAACAAACCCUGGAUUACCAGUGACCUGAAGGCACUUCUAAACAAAAAGAAGAUGGCUUUCAGGUCUGGAGAUAAGGAGGAGCAGAGGAGAGUUCAGCGUGAACUCAGAGAGACACUGAGGACAUGCAAGGACAACUACAGGAGGAAGCUUGAGUCCAAACUCGAGCAGAACAGUGUGAGAGAUGUGUGGAAAGGAAUGAAGAACAUCGCUGGAAUGAAGGGGAAGGACACACAGAUAUCUGGGGGCCGGGAUAGAGUAAACCAGUUCAACCAGUUUUUCAACAGGUUCAGCUCACCUCCUGCUACUCCCAUACCACCACCAUCCCCCCACACAUCCACACUGCCCCAAGUCGUUCAAUCCACCUACCGACAUUCUCCAGCACACCACCUCUCCUAAGGCCCCCCUCCAUCUCCACUGCAGACAACACCUACCCCCAGCUAACAGUGACAGUUGGAGCGAUUACACCAGGGGAAGGCUGCAGGACCUGAUGGCAUUACAACACGGAUCUUGAAAACCUGCUCCAUCCAGCUGGCCCCUGUACUGGCACACAUGUACAACCUGAGCUUGAGGCUGGAGAGAGUCCCGCUGCGGUGGAAGACAUCACAUGUGGUUCCUGUUCCCAAGUAGCCAAGGCCAUCCGACCCAGAGGACUACAGACCAGUUGCUCUCACAUCUCAUGUGAUGAAGGUCAUGGAGAGACUGGUCCUGGCCCAGCUGAGGCCUCAGGUGAGGACGUUUCUAGACCCCCUGCAAUUUGGC